AUGCAAACAGCAAUAGUCAAGAUAAAAACACGGGAUGGCGAUGUAUUUGACAUAGAAUGCAAGUAUGCAUACAAAAGCACGCUCAUAAAGAACGUAUGCACAUCAACUGCAUGCAGCUAUCCAAUAUGCAUACAGCUUUCCUCGCAGGUAUUCAAAACAAUCCACGGAUAUAUGCAACUCGACACCUCACACCUAUCUGAGAAGUACAGCCCGCUCGAAAUCAGAUUCAAACAGCAUGAUCUUGACUUCUUUAAGAAUUACGACGACGAGCAUUUGCUAGGCAUAUGCAAUGGAGCAAACUACCUCGACUAUCCAUAUCUUCUGGAGCUUUGCUGUAAGCUUAUUGCCGAAAGAAUAAAGCACAAAACAACAGAGGAGCUCAGGAGGUUUGUUGGCAUGGGCCAUGGCAUGUCACCUGAGGAAGCUUGCGAGAUAGAAAAGGAGUUUGGAUGGAUGUCGUCUGAGGAAUAA